ACCCAAGACGUGCCGAGAGGAGGUAGUCACGUUAUUCUUGCUCGAUAGUUAAGUGUUAUCUAUUUCACUAUGGCGGAAAAAGGAGGCGAUGGAGGGCAAGAUAAUGUGUCCCUACCGCCAACCUACGCCCCUUCGGAGGCCUACACAGAGUCUCCGCCCCCUGCGUACCGCGGGGCCCGUCAGAACAGCAAGGUGGUCCAGAUUGUCCGCCUGAUCUGCGUGACCGCCGUGGUGCUGGCCCUCCUCACAGGCUUCUUCGUGCUCUCCACCCACUACCUGAAGGCCCGAUCAUGCUCCUGCGAACCCCGAUCCCUGGACUCCGAGGAGGGCCGGACAGCUCUCCUUCAGGCUGGCUUCCUUCACCCCAUCCUGCCCCCCAACGCCCAGCCGCUGGUGAAGGAGAAGGAAGAGGAGGCGAAGGUUAACACUCUGGAUGCUGGGGAUGACACCGUGCUGGGAGAUGAAGGGAUGCUGAAGGAAAAACAACAGCAACAACAGGAAAAACAACAGAAAAAACAAGAAGAAGAAGAGCAACAGUUGAAGGCGGUCCUGGAGGAGGUGGCGAAGGAGGUGGAGGAGGAGGAGGAGAAGCUGGAGGAGGAGCUGAGGAGGGAGGAGGAGGACGAGGAGGAGGCGCUUCAGGACAUCCUCCAAGCCCAAGCGGAACACAUGAAGAAGAUCCGUCUUCCUAUUGACCUCAUUCUCGGCAACAAUCCCGCCCUGGCCGGCCGCGAGGUGAACUGCGAGGUAGAGCGUCGCCAGAUCCCCGUGGCUCCGGGCAUCGUGUCCCAGACCAUCUUCGUCACCUGCAGGGACACGGAUGACGACCCCAGGGACGCCGCCAACGGACAGCCGGGCGGCGACGGACCCUUCCCCCUGCCCCCCCUCUCCCAGCUCACCCCCCCCAGGCCCCUCCGCCCCCGCCAGGGCCCCCCGAUGUCCCUCCUGGCGCCCAUUAUGAAGAUGCUCACCUCCCGCCCCGGCCCACAGCCCCGCCUCGUGCCCAUCUCCGUCCGCGGCCCGAUGCCCUUCAUCCCCCAGGGCCGCUCCUCCCCCAGGGUCCCCUUCCCAUUCCCCAUGUCCAAGCCCCGCAUGACCCCCGUGGUGAUCCUCCCCCGGGCGGGUCCCCAGGAAGGCCCCUCCGAUAGGAUGCUCCCCAGACACCUCCAGCCCAUGGUCCGCCUCGCCCCCAGGGUCAUCUCGCUCCCUAGGCCUGACCCCAGUAACCAGGGCCCCGUCUCCCUCAUGGGGCUGCAGCGUGGCGCUAUGCCCCUCCCCCAGGCCCGCCCCCGCGCCCCACCCCACCCCGUCAGCCUCUCCUCCCCCCCCUUCCCCCAGCGCCCCAUUCCCGCCGCCUUCCUCCCCUUCAACGCCAUCUCCGAGCCCCAGACCCGCCCCCAGCCCCGCCCCGCAACCCACAUGGAGAUGAUCGCCCCUCGCCAGGAGCCCCAGGACCCCACGCCCCCCAGGAUGGACUUCGGACCCCCCCGCGGGCACACCCUCAUCAACGGGGCCCCCCAGGACUCCCCUCAGGCCCCCCCAAGGUCACCCCCCCGCCUCAUCACCCUGCCCAAGGCUAUCCGUAUCCACACUCUCCCCCGGGAAAGCCUAACCCCCCCUUCUCCCCAUUUCCCCCCCCAGUUCCCUCCCCAGUUCUCCCCCCAGUUCCCUCCCCAGUUCCCCCCCCAGGACGACAACCAGCCCCCCCAGCCCCCCCGCUUCGCUCCUGAGCCCCUCCGCAGCCCCAACCCUCCUGAGCUGAACCACGAGGCUGAGGUCAUCUCCGCCCCCCAGUCCCAGGGCCCCCCAGGUGACAUC